CAGCUAGCUUAGUGCUGGUGCUCUGGGCAGAGAUGUGGGCACCCGAAUUUGAGGGAAAGGUAUUGGGGCGGGGGGAGGAAGUCUGUCAGAAACCGAAAUGUAAGGGCGACACCCAAAGACGGGAGCUCCUGUGGCGGGCCAGGAAGCAGACCGGGACACUGAGGCUGGAGAGAGGAUGGAGGGGCAAGACUGUGUGUGGGCAGUGAGGUUUACAAAACCAAAUGGAAACUGAGUCACCCCCAUUAAGAAGAGGACUUCUAUUUAUAGCCAAAACACCAGGCUCAGGAGCCACUUGCAGCCCGUGGGUGUUUCUGAAUAUUUCUCUCAAGUCUUUGGGGGACAAGCCCCAAAGGACAGUGCCAACUCACCCUUCCUCUCUGCUGCCCCUGUUAGCUCACCAGCUUCCCCUUUUCAAGAGUCCAGCGUUGCACUGGUGGUGGUGGGAGGACAAGGCAGAGAAGAAUCUGUGCUCUGCAAAAGGAGAAGAAAAGAGUUCCUUCAGAAUGCUCAACUGGUACAGCGCCUUGGUCCUCACGGCCUACAUCCUCAUCUUCCUCACUGGUUUCCCGGCCAACCUCCUGGCCCUGCGGGCCUUCCUGGGACGUGUCCGCCAGCCCCAGCCUGCACCCGUGCACAUUCUGCUGCUCAGCCUGACACUGGCAGACCUGCUGCUGCUGCUGCUGCUGCCCUUCAAGAUCAUUGAGGCUGCAUCGAACUUCCACUGGUACCUGCCUGAGAUCGUGUGUGCCCUCACGGGUUUCGGCUUCUACAGCAGCAUCUACUGCAGCACGUGGCUCCUGGCGGGCAUCAGCAUCGAGCGCUACCUGGGGGUGGCUUUCCCCGUGCAGUACAAGCUCUCCCGCCGGCCUGUGUAUGGAGUGAUUGCUGCUCUGGUGGCCUGGAUCAUGUCGUUUGGUCACUGCACCAUUGUCAUCAUUGUCCAGUACUUGAAUACCACCCAGCAGGCCGAAAAUGCAAACCAAAACACCUGUUAUGAGAACUUCACGGACGAGCAGCUGGACGUGGUGCUGCCCGUGCGGCUGGAGCUGUGCCUGGUCCUCUUCUUCAUCCCCAUGGCCGUCACCAUCUUCUGCUACUGGCGCUUCGUGUGGAUCAUGCUUACCCAGCCGCACGUGGGGGCCCAGAGGCGGCGCCGAGCUGUGGGGCUGGCUGUGGUGACGCUCCUCAACUUCCUGGUGUGCUUCGGCCCUUACAAUGUGUCUCACCUGGUGGGGUUUUACAACUGGAAGAGCCCCCAGUGGCGCUCGGUAGCUGUGGUGUUCAGUUCCCUCAAUGCCAGCCUGGACCCCGUGCUUUUCUACUUCUCCUCCUCGGCGGUGCGCAGGACCUUUGGAAGAGGGCUGCAGUUGCUGCGGAAUCGGGGCUCCUCCCUCUUGGGACGCAAAGGCAAAGAUACAGCAGAGGUGACGAAUGGGGACAGGGGUGUGAGUCAAGCAGAUGGAGUGCCGAGUUCAGACUUCACAACGGACUAGCAAUUUCUGUGGACCUUCGGGGGCUGGACCUUGGGGGGCUGGACCUUCGGGGGCUCUCCAGGUUACACAGGAGUUGGGUAGCCUGGGAGAAGAGAGCGUGAGGGCUCCUGCCCCAGAUUCAGACCCUAUCUAUGAUAGGGACUCCGUAAAAGCCUCUUGCGGCAGCUCAGUACCCCUCCCGAUUGAAUUUUCCUGCCCAGAGGAGCAUAGCUCCACAACGCAACAAAAAACGGUGACGUACGAAGGGCUAGCAGGUGGGGGUUUCAGAAGCAGCGUGGCCAUAGGAAGUCAGUCCUUGUGAGUGGCUGGGAACUGGGGGUGAUGAGGCUGAUGCAGAGAGGCCUAAAGCCAUCUUGCUAUGAGCUUAGAAACAGCACCUAGACUCUGGUCUAGCUGUUGACGUUGGAAAGAAACUAACAGGAAAGAGAUGGAGCAGAAGUAUUAAAUGACGUCAAAGAAAAUCACAAUGGUUCUGAGCUGAGGGGACUAGAAGGGAGGAUGGGAGGCUCAGACCUCUAAUGAUUGGGGGGUUCACUGCAGCAGUUUGACCUGCUGCUUUUGAAGUGUGCUCCACUCGUUUUCAUGUGUUAUCUUGCCUCCCCUGAUAAUCCGGGAGCUGCCUGAGGUCUGGGUCACAUCUCCUUCCUCCAUGGCAUUCAAAAGGGCCAGGAUGUGGUCCUAGCUUGACACCCAUCAAUCAGAGAUCAACACUGACUAGCACAGGAAACCACCUGGGCUAGCAGAUUGCAAAUAAAGAUUAUAACACUCUCAA